GGAUUACCCAACGGCUAUAUAACCCACUAACUUAUCCUUGAAACCCUUCAGUUUGCUAUUUGAAGUAAUCACUCCUAUCAAAAUGUCUUUCCUAGGCAAGGAAUACAAAUUUGAGAGGCAGGAGAACUUUGAGGAAUUCGUGAAGGCUUUAGGCCUUCCCGCUGAGCAAACUCAAGGCUACCUCAACUAUAAACCCACCUUACAGUACACUAAGGAUGGAGACACCUACACCUAUACUUCCACCACCGCCCAGGGCAAGAAGGAGGUUUCCUUCAAGUCUGGAGUUGCCUUCGAUGAGACUGUCGCUGGCAUGAAAGUCAACACCACCUACACCGUUGACGGUGACACCAUCACCCAGAUCCAGAAGUCCGAUGACGGAGUCCUCACCAUCACCAGGACUUUCUCUGGUAACGAGCUGGUUGUGACCCUGAAAACCAACAAAUGGGACGGCGUUGCCACUAGAUACUACAAGGCUUAAUUUAUUUAAUUCUACCUCGAAAAGUAUUAAUAUUAUAUUUACCAAUUGAAUUUAUUAUUAUUAUUAAAAUUAUUUAAUUUUCC